GUUUUAUUGUGUGUCAAAAGCAUGUUAUUCAAAGACAUCUAAGGGUUUACUAGUUUAAGUAAGAGUAAAUUAUUAUAGGAACAGUUACAUCGAUAUAAAUUGAUCUGUCAGCCACUAAAAAAGGUGGCAACUGUGGUGGCAACAUGAUAUAAUUAUGGUGCCGGAUGUUAAUUCAUGAGAGCUCAGUGAUGGAGUUUCCAGAAGGCUUUAACCAGCUUGACCUGCUGGAGUCUCAUGGCCACAUGAUUCCAGUGGGGACAAAGAGCGGCUGGGUGGAAGAGGAGGAAGGAGAUGAUGAAGAUGAAACCUGUCACACUGAGGAAUGGUAUCAGGAACAGGAGCUUAAAUUACAAGACACUCCAUCUGAACUGAUGUUAUGGGCCGCUGAGAAGAAUAGAUUAGCAACAGUAGAACGUCUCCUCACAUUGAACCCAACACUCGCUAAUUGUCAUGAUAGCGAUGGUUACACCCCUCUACACCGUGCUGCCUAUGGUGGCCAUUAUUCCAUGGUCUCUGCUCUUUUGAAUGCUGGAGCGAAUCUUCAUGCGAGAACGACCGAUGAUUGGAUACCGCUACAUAGUGCCUGUCGCUGGGGUCAUGCCGCUGUAGCUUCUUGUCUUUUGCAAUGGGGGGCAGAGGUCAAUGCCUUGACAACGGGCCGACUCACACCACUUCAACUGGCGGCUGGAAAUGCUGCAGCUGGAAAGACGAUUGAGCUAUUGCUAUCACAGCGCACCCUACAGGCAGGACUGAAAAACAGUGCAGGAGAGACUGCUUAUGACAUUGCACAUCGCACAAGUGAACAUCACAGACUGUUUGAGAUGGCAGAGCCUUUUAAUAACAUUUAUUGACACGUGUGUAAGUGUUUAAUUUCUGACAUAAAGCUUAGAAAUUUGUUUUGUUGUGAAUUAAAGUUGAGGUGAUGCUUUUCUAUGAAAAAUAGGAGUUUGACAUUUAAAAAGACUAAUGUAAUCCAAGAUUGUAAUGCAUCAGCAUGCAGUUAAUGUUUACAACAAUGUGUAGGCCUAAUUAUAAUCAUUGAACGUUUUAAGCUUGUCAAGAAGGUUUUGUCUGUGCAUGAUGUGAUUUUCUUAACAUCUCCACACAGCUUACAUUCUAAAGAUGAGACAAUUAUUUUUAUUUUUGUUAUAAUUAUGCAUUCGCAGGGAGGAGCAGUACCAUGUCAACCAAACACUGUAUGUACAGGUGCUGGUCAUAUAAUUAGAAUAUCAUCAAAAAGUUGAUUUCACUAAUUCCAUUCAAAAAGUGAAACUUAUAUAUUAUAUUCAUUCAUUACACACAGACUGAUAUAUUUCAAAUGUUUAUUUCUUUUAAUUUUGAUGAUUAUAACUGACAACUAUGGAAAAUCCCAAAUUCAGUAUCUCAGAAAAUUAGAAUAUUGUGAAAAGGUUGAAUAUUGAAGACACCUGGUGCCACACUCUAAUCAGCUAAUUAACUCAAAACACCUGCAAAGGCCUUUAAAUGGUCUCUCAGUCUAGUUCUGUAGGCUACACAAUCAUGGGGAAGACUGCUGACUUGACAGUUGUCCAAAAGACGACCAUUGACACCUUGCACAAGGAGGGCAAGACACAAAAGGUCAUUGCAAAAGAGGCUGGCUGUUCACAGAGCUCUGUGUCCAAGCACAUUAAUAGAGAGGCGAAGGGAAGGAAAAGAUGUGGUAGAAAAAAAGUGUACAAGCAAUAGGGAUAACCGCACCCUGGAGAGGGUUGUGAAACAAAACCCAUUCAAAAAUGUGGGGGAGAUUCACAAAGAGUGGACUGCAGCUGGAGUCAGUGCUUCAAGAACCACUACGCACAGACGUAUGCAAGACAUGGGUUUCAGCUGUCGCAUUCCUUGUGUCAAGCCACUCUUGAACAACAGACAGUGUCAGAAGCGUCUCGCCUGGGCUAAAGACAAAAAGGACUGGACUGCUGCUGAGUGGUCCAAAGUUAUGUUCUCUGAUGAAAGUACAUUUUGCAUUUCCUUUGGAAAUGAGGGUCCCAGAGUCUGGAGGAAGAGAGGAGAGGCACACAAUCCACGUUGCUUGAGGUCCAGUGUAAAGUUUCCACAGUCAGUGAUGGUUUGGGGUGCCAUGUCAUCUGCUGGUGUUGGUCCACUGUGUUUUCUGAGGUCCAAGGUCAACGCAGCCAUAUACCAGGAAGUUUUAGAGCACUUCAUGCUUCCUGCUGCUGACCAACUUUAUGGAGAUGCAGAUUUCAUUUUCCAACAGGACUUGGCACCUGCACACAGUGCCAAAGCUACCAGUACCUGGUUUAAGGACCAUGGUAUCUCUGUUCUUAAUUGGCCAGCAAACUCGCCUGACCUUAACCCCAUAGAAAAUCUAUGGGGUAUUGUGAAGAGGAAGAUGCGAUAUGCCAGACCCAACAAUGCAGAAGAGCUGAAGUCCACUAUCAGAGCAACCUGGGCUCUUAUAACACCUGAGCAGUGCCACAGACUGAUCGACUCCAUGCCACGCCGCAUUGCUGCAGUAAUUCAGGCAAAAGGAGCCCCAACUAAGUAUUGAGUGCUGUACAUGCUCAUACUUUUCAUGUUCAUACUUUUCAGUUGGCCAAGAUUUCUAAAAAUCCUUUCUUUGUAUUGGUCUUAAGUAAUAUUAUAAUUUUCUGAGAUACUGAAUUUGGGAUUUUCCUUAGUUGUCAGUUAUAAUCAUCAAAAUUAAAAGAAAUAAACGAAAUAUAUCAGUCUGUGUGUAAUGAAUGAACAUAAUAUACAAGUUUCACUUUUUGAAUGGAAUUAGUGAAAUAAAUCAACUUUUUGAUGAUAUUCUAAUUAUAUGACCAGCACCUGUAUACAACAAUUAUCUCAACUACUGUCUUAAAAAUACUUUCAAUGCAUAUAAUUUUUAACUAAACCCGUUUGAUAUAUGUGGAUGUAUUGUAUGGAAUUUAAGAACUGUAAUUGGUCACUAUUUAAAAUUUUCACCAUUUGAA